GUAGCUAGCUGGCCGAUGCCUCCCUCCCCCACUGCCAACACACCCCGUACCCAUCGAAAGCGCGCUAGCGCUCCUUGCGCAACGGGGUUGGAUCCGCCAUGUCCGCCGAAAAUUCAGGGACCGUCCCAGGCACGCGGUGGCCUAAGCGUCAUAAGCCACUAAAUCCCAAUUUACACCACUGGGAUGAACGUCCGGGAUUCCUUCACCUCACUGUCCUCCCACCACGCUUCGGCAGAACACAAACAUUCCAACCCCAGACCCGCGCCGCCCUCCGUAUAAGCAACCAAGCGACAGCCCAUGAUAGGACCCGACUUGGAUCCGGCGCAUUGUAAUUCGCAUACUUACCGAGUCUAUAAACCGCGUCAAACGGCUUAGUGCACACACGGCAGUCUGACGAUAUACUUUCCGUCCAGCAAAGGAACCAAAACAACACCGUCAAUGUCGCAAAAAUAGACGAACCGUGCCGAACACUCAACACUACGAAGCGAUGCCGAGCUUCUUCCAAUUCACACAAGGCAACGAAUCCCGGACACGCCCUACGAGUGAUGCCUCGCCUCUACUGGGCCGCUUCCGCGCCGUCCCUCAGCAGUCCGACGUCCCUGGUCGCCGACGCCGAUCCAGCACCCUCGGUCUGUUCGCAUCCAACAACCGCGGAAGCGUCUACGUCGGCUAUGGGGCUCUACUUUCCGCGUCAAGUCUCGACAGCUACGAUAACGGUGGCACAAGGAGCGAUUGGGAGGAUUUGAGCGCGUGGGAGAGGACUUGGUGCAAGAUCUCCGAUGUUUGGGUAGAGCCCAAGCAGAGUGCCGUCAAGGGAGUCGUCGAUGUUUGGUGGAGUCGGUAUGGGGUUUUGGUGUUGAUGCCCGCUGCUCUGGCUAUUGCGUGGUGCGCCAUACCGUUCCCCAAGUACUCGUUUCCUAGCGAGGACGGCGAUGACCGAGGUGAUCUCGGGCCGGGGUCCGGGCAUAAGAUACCUGGCCACGGCGAAGCAAGAGUGCAGAUUAACUUUUGGUUCUUCCUCUUCGUCUACUACGGGUUCUACAACGUCACGGCUUUGAUGUGGAUCACCAAGGUCUUCAACUUGUACAGCUUGAACUGGUGGCCACAGUCCCUGGGGUUCCCCAUCACCAUGUCGCUCAUCGCCCUGGUGUCCAUCACGGUCCCGGUUCCCAUUUACCUCAGCCCGGAGACGCGUUUCCUCACCGCACACAACACAGCAUGGAUCUCCUGGACCUUCAUUGUCAUGGCCAUGCCCGUCACAAUCGCAUUCUGCAUCCUUCUCACCUCACAGCGGCACCUCAAGCUACGCCAGUCACUCUCCGAGACGCAGCGUAUCUUCACGUCGUCCUGGUGGACAGGCGAGGCCGAAGGAAGCAUUCCCCGUCGCGACAACCGCCGCCGCCCAAAUCUCAGCAGCGACUCCUUCAACCCGGAGAACACCCUCCAGAUCGCCGCCGAGCAGUCCCGUCACAUGGGCGGCGUCAGGAUGCGCCGCAGGUGGCUCCCCGCCAGCUUCGUCCGCUUCAUCUGGUUCUGCCUGGCCCUCUUUGUUGGCCUCAUGGCGUACGUGAUAGGAGAAGCGUACGCCGAGAUAUACUUGCGGACGCUCCCCCACAACAACUUGGAGACCAUCGUUUAUGUCUACAGCUGGAUCAUUACUGUCCAUCUGCUCGAUGUUCUCACUGGCUGGCUUCUAGGCAUUCGCGAGGGCGAAAGAGUCGGGAGCUAUCCUUUGAGCUGGGUCUUCAAACUAUACUUCAUGCUCACCUACCAAACCUACGUCCGCGCUCUUUACGCCCGUCUCCGCUCUCCAGAGCAGUUCAUCUACCUUCAGAUCCUCUCCAGCAGCACUCUCAUCAUCCUCACCCCGCUCACAAUGUCCCGCCUCUACCACCGCAUCACCGUCGCCCUCAACCUUACGGACCAGUCUUACGCAUCGUAUCAAAAGGUCUGCACCCGUAAUGUUUUCAUCCGCUUCCUGGCCGAGAAUGUCUCCAUGGCCGCCUUUCUUGGCAGCGUUCUUGUGCUACAUUUUGGCCCCAACAAGGACGUCUAUCCCUAUUUCGCCUUUGACCUGAAAGAAACGGGCGACGACUACGACUUCGGGCUUACCUUCUGGGCCUCCUCUGUCACCUGGGCCUGCGAGCUCAUCGCUUCCGUCUGUGUCCGCGCGCUCAUCAGCUGGAUCUUUGGCGUCGACGUCGGCAUGGAGGGCAAGCUCGACCUCGCCGUUUGGCCCGAGCUGCUGCCGACCAGUGUGGCUGUCAUGUUCCAUGUCCUACAGAACAUGUUCUUCUCCAUCAUCCGACUGCAGUUCCACUGACGGAAACGAUUCAAAUAACCAGCCAAACCCACAAGUCACUCUCAUUCAAUCCCAUUCAAUCCCAUUCAACACGCCCGUCUUCCCUUGCCGCAUCUAAGUCUUACCCUGAUUUGAUACCGACUCCAUCCAUCUGUUCACUCCGAAGCAUUAUCUCGAGAUGGUGUGUUCGUUUCACUUUAACAGAAUACACCCACCCCCUUUUCCUCGUUGUCGCACAACAUUCUGAACACCUCUCUGGUCACCCCUCCCCCCAACCUGACGAGAAAGAUGUCAAAUGUUGUUGGGCGUAUGACGUCUUUUCCUUCUCGUCCCUCGUUCUAUGUAUUGUGUUUUUCCCCUUCGUUUUGUUUUGCGCGCAUGCACCUGCUCUCUUGGCAAAUUGUCGCGGAAGACAAGAAAAAAGAUACCCCCUUUUUGGCUCACGUUUCCCACGUUAGAUAAGAUACCAAGCGCGCUCAGAGAACCCUCUUUUCAGCAUGACGUAUGAAUAAACCUGCCUCGUUACUACGGAGGCAGAUGAUAAUCACAUAGAAAUAAUAAUGACCGAAUUGGACGCGAUCUACUGCCACCCCGCUUCUCGAGACGUGAAGCGCUCUGGUGGGGAGAGUCUUGGCAAACGCACAUUAUCAAUAGGCGGCGUCUACUACUUCGUGACAUUGUAGCAGCAUUAGAGCCACCUAUCGGGCGAGGUUUCUCGAUGCGAUGGAACCUCCUGUCGGAUGUUUGCUUGUUUCCCAGCAUACCUUAUCAAUCGUCUGUCUAGAUAUGGGGCUGUUACUGAUCCGGCCGGCUGCAGGCCGAUUGUCUUUUGCCCACCCGCCUUGGGCCACAGCGCGCCACAGUACCGGCCAUGACACCCUCCUGGAUGUAACAAGCUCUUCCGUGAUGGCUCGGUCAAGUUGUAGUCCGGCUUGGAUUGCCCGUCAGGAUAUGAGUCGCUGAACGAUCAAGCCGGUUCCCAGAUCGGUACCAGUCCAAGACGGCGGGCUGUAUUGCGUUCUGGCUAAAAGGCUUUAAAGACAUGCUCGCGUAUUCGUCCGCAGAUGUGAACUGUUUAGUGAGCAGGGCUAUAUCAGCCAAGAGCUUUCCAGCUCCAGACAAAGUCUACGGGACUCGAUGCAACCAGCCAGCUAACGUUAGAUUCGCCAGGCCUUCCGCUGCCAACUGGCACGAAUGGGACGACGACCCGGGGCUCUCUGGCUGCAUCUCGCCCAGGUUCGAGCAACGUCAGCAUAUAGUUACCCCCCGUAGCACAUUCGGGAGGAUUUUUCCUUCUCCAGACUGCGAGCCAAUGGCGCCGUGUCCGAACAGUAGCGGUGAAGGAAAUAUGUUCCAUGCCAGUCAUCAAAAACUGACUCAUUCCAUCGACUACCUGCUAGCGGCCCCGGGGGCAUGGCAUCUUUGGAGUCCUAGGCCGAGUAGGAAACAUCGAGGCCGUUGAUUGCGUGAGACACCUGGCGAGAAACUUGCCCUCGGACAGGUGCGUCGACGGGUCCGUUUCCACCUGGGCCGGAGGGUUUUGAACGCCGCUAAUGCACCCAAUCUUGAAAUCGGCGUUGAUCCCGGACCUAUGUGUUUCUGCCCCAUUGCCGGGUGAGUGAUUCUGCGGUUUGCAUAGAAGGGGCUAUAUUGGGAUUCUUUCGCCGGCCAUUUUAUGCACUAUUGCAAGUAACCACCUCUCUU